AUGGACGGAGCGCCGACCCAGAAGAGCCUGACGGCCGCCGAGGCGUUUGACAGCGUCGGCCCGGCCUACGAGGACGCCUUCAAGGGCCUGCCGACGCAGGCGGCGGCGCUAGAGUGGCUGGUGCAGCAGCUGCGCGAUGCGCCGCCGCCGCCGUCGUCCAACGGCGAGACGGCGGCCAAGACCAAGAAACAGAUUGUCGACGUCGGCUGCGGCACCGGCCGCCCGGCCUGCAGCGUGCUGGCGGACGCCGGCCACGACGUGCUGGGCAUUGACAUUUCCGAGGCCAUGCUGGCGGCGGCGCGCGCGCGCGUGCCCAACGCGCGCUUCGAGCUCAUCGACGUGCGCGCCUACCUGCAGCGGGAGGCCGCGGCGGGCCGCCAGGGCACGCUCGACGCUGUCACCGUCUUCUUUUCGCUCAUCGCCGGCGUCACCCAGGACGACAUUCGCGCCGUGCUCGCGGGCCUCGCGGGCCUGCUCAAGCCGGGCGGCUUCCUCGUGUUCUCGACGGUCCCGAUCCCUGUCAACAACGAGGCCAUCAAGUGGAUGGGCCGCCCCGUGGUGGUGUCGAGCCUGUCGCCCGAGGAGGGUGUAGCGGCGGUCCAGGCGGCGGGCCUGGAGGUGCGCUACGAGGGCGUGACCACGUUCACGCCCAAGGGCGCCGAGGUGGGCAUCUGCGCGCCGGACGAGGUGUGGGAGGAGACGCACCUGUUUGUGUAUGCGCAGAAGCCGGUGGCGGCGUAG